GCGGCGGGAGAAGCCGCCGCUGCUGUUGGCGUGUCCGACCCUCGCGGCGCCGGCUCUCCCGGGAUGGGCCUCCAGGAGCUGGCSGUGUGGCUGCUGGCGGCGGCGGGGCUCGUCCGCGAGUCCCUGCAAGGAGAGUUCCAAAGGAAGCUUUACAAGGAGCUGCUGAAAAAUUACAAUCCGUUGGAGCGACCAGUAGCAAAUGAUUCCCAGCCACUCACUGUCUAUUUCACUCUCAGCCUCAUGCAGAUCAUGGAUGUGGAUGAAAAGAAUCAAGUAUUAACAACAAAUAUCUGGCUACAAAUGUACUGGACAGAUCAUUAUCUACAGUGGAACGUGUCUGACUACCCUGGAGUGAAGAAUGUCCGUUUUCCCGAUGGACUGAUUUGGAAGCCUGAUAUUCUACUCUAUAACAGCGCUGAUGAAAGAUUUGAUGCUACUUUUCACACUAAUGUUUUAGUCAAUUCUUCAGGACAUUGCCAAUACCUGCCACCAGGCAUAUUUAAAAGCUCAUGCUACAUAGAUGUGCGCUGGUUUCCAUUUGAUGUUCAGAAAUGUAACCUGAAGUUUGGAUCCUGGACUUAUGGAGGCUGGUCCCUGGACUUGCAAAUGCAAGAAGCAGAUAUAUCUGGCUAUAUUUCAAAUGGAGAGUGGGAUUUAGUAGGAGUUCCUGGGAAGAGAACCGAGAGCUUUUAUGAAUGUUGUAAAGAGCCUUACCCAGAUGUGACCUUCACAGUAACCAUGAGACGCAGGACUCUUUACUACGGACUCAAUCUCCUUAUUCCUUGUGUACUGAUAUCAGCACUUGCUUUGUUGGUUUUCCUGCUUCCAGCAGACUCAGGAGAAAAGAUCUCACUAGGUAUAACAGUUUUAUUGUCGCUCACUGUCUUCAUGCUGCUUGUGGCUGAAAUUAUGCCAGCGACAUCUGACUCAGUGCCCUUAAUUGCUCAGUAUUUUGCCAGCACUAUGAUUAUUGUUGGUCUUUCUGUUGUGGUCACUGUUAUUGUUCUACAAUACCACCAUCAUGAUCCAGAUGGCGGCAAAAUGCCUAAAUGGACAAGAAUUAUCCUUCUGAACUGGUGUGCCUGGUUUCUGAGGAUGAAGAGACCGGGGGARGAAAAAGUGCGUCCUGCCUGUCAGCACAAACAGCGCCGCUGCAGCCUGUCCAGUGUGGAGAUGAACACUGUGAGUGGACAGCAAUCCAGCAAUGGCAACAUGCUCUACAUUGGCUUCAGGGGGCUGGAAGGGGUUCACUGCACRCCCACCACCGAUUCGGGGGUGAUCUGUGGGAGGAUGACCUGCUCCCCAACAGAUGAAGAAAACCUGCUGCACAGUGGCCACCCCUCUGAAGGUGACCCAGAUCUGGCUAAGAUUUUGGAAGAGGUCAGGUACAUUGCRAACCGAUUCAGAGACCAGGACGAAGAGGAAGCCAUUUGCAAUGAAUGGAAGUUUGCUGCUUCUGUGGUGGAUCGGCUCUGCUUGAUGGCCUUUUCCAUCUUCACAAUCAUCUGUACAAUUGGUAUUUUAAUGUCAGCACCAAACUUUGUAGAGGCUGUGUCUAAAGAUUUUGCUUAACUCCUAACUAAAACCUGCUUCUCUGAAUGGUAUGUAGCAAAUAAGAAUGUGGGGUCUUUUGAUGCUUGUUUUAAUGAGUAUAAUGCUUCUCAUUGUCUGCUUUCUUUUGCCCCCCUCUCUGGCCCYGAGUUCCUUUUGGAAGAGUGGCACCAUUUCAGAAGAGAAGCCAAGGGUUUCUCUCUGCUUUGUGUCUGUGCAGCCCCUCUGAGCACUCUUUUGUGGAAAAUGCCAAGUGGCUUUACAUUCAGAAUGACGRUGUGCUGAACCACCAUCUCUUACACGUUUGAACUGGCUAAUACAAAGCAAGUGGUAAGCAAUGCCAGAAAUGUCACUUCUUCCAGACUCUGUUUUGAAGGAUAAUGUAGUCCAUCUUAGCUAUUUGAAUGAGUGGUUAUAAACAUAUUUAGGAGAGGAUUAAAUCCAAGCGGCUGCUCAAACAGCAGAGAGAAUAGGGAGAAAUGCCAUACAUAGCUCUUCAGCUCCUUGCUCACAUCCAGUCAGUGUGUAACUCCCUCCAUGCAAUUUGCACACAACAUACACCACUUUCAGAAUUAUGAAUUUGUCUGAGACACCAGAAACCUGGMAGUUCAGAGGACACACCAAGUAACUUGUCCUUCCAUAUCUUUCUGGAUUUGACCUAGAAAUUUGGCUUGGAUUUUUAAACAGGCUUCACAGUAAUUUUAGCUGUAUUUAYUACUUCUUCCUUCUCUCCAGAAAAGAUCUUUCAACCGAAAACCAUUUUAACUUUCAAAAAGAAAAAUUAUUGAUUCAAGAUGCCUUCACCAUCACUUGUUUAAAAAACUCAGCCCCCAUGCUUGUCUCUUUACUGUUAACUGGUUUCCAGUGUGCAAAAAGUAACUCAAUGUCUUGUAUAGGCUUAAGCAUAAAUGAAGAAUCUAAAGCAAAAAAAGCCAUUAAAUACUGAGAUCAAGAUUUUCAUAUAAAAGUCAUCAGUUGUUGCUUAGCCUUUUAUAGAACUCCUUCUGUUGAGUCACCGUAACAUUGUCUUUACAAGAAAACUGCACCUUUUCUGCUCAGUCUAUCAGAUGAGUACUAAUGAAUAAUAAAGCUYCUUGAUUCUGACAUAAAGUAUUAACUGUAUAAAUAUAUAUUUAUAUAUACACACUGCAGAUACAUCCAGAGAAAGGUAAAAAAUACAAAUUCUCCUAAGUCUAGACACAUUUUGCAAAGGCAAAACUUGUAGUUCAUAACUUUAUGUUAUUUUU